AUGGGUAUGUGCGAUGAAGUGUACAGGGGUCUACACAAUGUUUCAUGGGGAUGUGUAAACUGCGGUCUCCCCAACUUCGCAUCGAGCCUCUUUGAUCUAACUUUCUAUGAAACCUCAAACAGUUUUGACCCACUCAAAAAUGAUAUUAGCAGCCAUUUAGAAUGUGACAUCAGCUUCGCGAACCCGAAAGCAACAUCAUCUCCAAACAGAACUAAGUCUCCAAUCCGUGAUCGUCCCCCAAGUGUCUGGACAAUUCCAUGUACCACUAUUGGCGAUGAUGAAAACCUUGAACAUUCAAGUUUUCUAGAAAAUGGAAAUGAAUUUCUAUUCAUCCAUAAAAGCAAACAGCAGAGACAGGAUAUUCCACUCAAAGUUGCCCUUCUGAAUUGCCAAUCUAUAGUUGGAAAGAAAACAUCUCUCUACAAUAUGUGCACCAGCACGGGUUCCGAAAUCAUCAUCGGUACAGAAUCUUGGCUCAACUCAUCACAUCUGAGUACUGAGAUCUUCCCAGAAAAUUACACUGUCUACCGACGAGACCGUAAUAGAGGUAGAGGUGGCGGGGUUUUCAUCCUGGUUGAAAAGAAAUCCCAGCAGGAGCACACAUCUGGCUCGGAGGGGACUGACUUCAACCUUGGUGAUAUCGACUGGGAAAACAACAGCGGUAAUCCGUCAGCAUCUAAACCUGUCCUUUGUAAUCAAUUACUUGAAAACACUGAAAACCACUGUCUUGAACAACAAGCAACAGAACCAACAAGAGUUACUGAACACUCGUAUAACAUCUUAGAUUUAUUCUUCCCCAACAACAGCUCACUUAUCAAUACAACUGAAGUCAUUCCAGGAAUUUCGGACCAUGAGGCGGUCUACGUGGAAGCUAGUCUACGACCCCACAAGACACCCCCACUCAAGAGAAAAGUCUUCACAUACAACAAGGCUAAUUACGAGGGCUUCAGAGAGGAGCUAUGCGAGCUACAUGAAGACUUGUCCAAUAUUCCUAAUGCUUCAGUUGAUGUGCUUUGGACAAAAUUCAAGAAGAAAUUAACAUCCUUGAUGAACAAGUAUAUCCCAACAAAGAUCCUCAAGGAGGGGUUCAAGCGAAAGCCAUGGAUCGACCGUAAGGUGAGGGCUUCCAAGGCAAAGCUGUACACCAGAAUGAAGAAAACUGGUCAGGACGAAGAUAUCAACAGAUACAGACAAUGUAAGAGACAAUGUAAGAGUACCACUCAGAAACUUGAAAGAGUAACUUAUCAAAAUUAUGUGAACAACCUGAUUGAAGUCGACGACCCUGAUGAAACAAAACCUUCGAAACAAAAGAAAUUCUGGAACUACCUCAAAUCUUUACGGAAAGACAACACUGGUAUUUCACCGCUCAAGGACAAUGGAAGACUGUUCAACUCAGCGAGAGACAAGGCCAACAUACUGAACCGACAAUACAAGUAA